GGGCGGCUCAGUUUUGUGGUGCCAGGGAGUGGACCAGAGCCCAGCCCUGCUCCAGACACAGAUGGGACCAUGAACUCCAGCCACUGCUUCAGCCAGACCCCCUCAGUCUCUCUCUGUGGCACAGGAGGCAGCUGGGGCCGACUGGGGAGCUUCCCCCGGGCUCCCAGCGUCCACGGUGGCGCGGGGGGUGUCCGAAUCUCACUUUCCUUCCCCUCAGGGAGAUGUCCACCCCCUGGGGGGUCUUGGGGGUCUGGAAGAGGCAGCUCCCUCCUCGGCGGAAAUGGGAAGGCAAUGAUGCAGAACCUCAAUGACCGCCUGGCCUCCUACCUGGACAAGGUGCGCGCCCUGGAGGAGGCCAAUGUGAAACUCGAAAGUUGCAUCCUGAAGUGGCAUCAGCAGAGAGAUCCGGGCAGUAAGAAAGAUUACUCCCAAUAUGAGGAAAAUAUCAGCCACCUGCGGGAACAGAUAGUAGAUGGUAAGAAGACCAACGCUCAGACAGUCCUUCUCCUUGACAACGCCAAGGUGGCAGUGGAUAACUUCAACCUUAAGUAUGAAAAUGAACACUCCCUCAAGAAAGACUUGGAAAUUGAAGUUGAGGGUCUCCGAAAGACCUUGGAUGAUCUGACCAUUGUCACAACAGACCUGGAACAGGACGUCGAGGGGAUGAGGAAAGAGCUCAUUCUCAUGAAGAAGCGUCAUGAGCAGCAAACUGGGGGACAACAGAAUAAAGAGACUCUACCACUGAUCCAGGAAAUGGAGGGACAUCAUGUGCCAAAUGACGUCAAGAUCGACGUGAAGGUGGAUGCAACCCCAGGAGAAGACCUGAUUAAGGUCCUGGAGGACAUGAGGCAAGAAUACGAGUUUAUAAGAAAGAAGAAGCAUCAAGACUUGGAUGCCUGGUAUAAAGAGCAGUCAGCAGCCAUGGCCCAGGAGGUGGCCAGUCCAGCAGCUGUGCAGAACAGCCAAAGUGACAUCCAUGAGCUUAAGCGCAUUUUCCAGGCCCUGGAAAUUGACCUGCAGACUCAGUGCAACAAGAAAUCUGCUUUAGAAAAUAUGUUAUCAGAGACCCAGUCUCAGUACUCCUGCCAGCUCCAGGACAUGCAACGCAUCAUCUCCCACUACGAGGAGGAACUGAUGCAGCUACGCCACGACCUGGAGCGUCAGAACAGCGAAUACAAGGUCCUUCUGGGCAUCAAAACUCACCUAGAGAAGGAAAUCGCCACCUACCGCCAGCUCCUGGAGGGAGAGAAUGGAGGGACAAUGGAAGAAUCUAAGUCGAGUAUAAAAGUUCCAAAGAUCAAGGCCAUCACACAGGAGAGCGUCAAUGGAAGAAUAAUUCUUUCUCAAGUGAAUGAGAUCUAAAAGUACGCGUGAGGCCAAUAAAUGUUUCUGCCUAUUGUAAAAUGAUUUCCCCCCAAUAGAAAGUCCUUGCCCAGACACAAAUGGGUGAAUUAUAAGAGGUCCCCUUGGAGUUAUCAAACUCAGAAACUUUCUGUAACAAUCUCACCAGGUGUUCCAUAAUGAUCUUAAUAUACUGCUGCAUUUUUUUCAAAGUAUGAGUUCAUGAGCUUAAAGCUCUACUUUCCUACUACAAUCAUCAGAUUCCCAUCAUUAUGUGUAUGUUUUGUAGCCAAUAAAACUCCACACUAGCUG